AUGAACGGGCCUGCGCCGAAGCUGGACUUGGGCCCUAAGCGGUCUCUGGGGGCCACAGGGUUCGACGAGGAUCCGCGCGGGGACUCUGCGCGGCGACGAACCGGAUUCUCGGGAUUUUCGGACGCGCCGGAGACUGCCAAGCCGUCGAACUUUUCCUCGGCGCCGCCCGAGCCGACGGGAUUCUCGGACCGCGCCCCGAACUUCAGCGCCUACCCGCGUGCAGCCGCGGAGGCGACCGGCCAGGUCGCCUUGCCCGGCGCCUUGCCCGUCCCGCUUGCCGCCGGAUUUCCAGGCGGGGAAGUCCCGGAGGGAAUCAACCCGUACACUGGGGCGCCCUACUCCCAGCGGUACUACAAGAUUCUGGAGGGCCGGAAGAAGCUGCCUUCCUGGAACGCGAAGAAGAACUUCCUCAAACUCGUCAAGCGCAACCGCACGGUCAUUCUGGUCGGAGAAACGGGAAGUGGAAAGACCACGCAAAUGACGCAGUUCCUCAUCGAGGCAGGCCUCCACCAAGGCAAGUGCGUUGCAUGCACGCAACCCCGGCGAGUGGCUGCGAUGAGUGUCGCCCAGCGUGUGGCGGACGAAAUGGACGUCGAACUCGGAAAGGAGGUGGGAUACACGAUUCGCUUUGAAGACAAGAGUUCGCCGAUGACGAUUCUGAAGUACAUGACGGACGGUAUGUUGUUGCGGGAGGCUAUGGCAGAUCCGCUGCUGGAGCGUUACAGCGUGGUGGUCCUCGACGAGGCCCACGAGCGGACCCUGGCGACAGACGUUCUGUUUGGCCUCUUGAAGGAGGUGUGCAAGAACCGCCCGACUUUAAAGAUGGUGGUCAUGAGUGCGACGCUGGACGCGCGCAAGUUCCAGCAGUACUUUGAUGACGCGCCGAUUCUGAACGUACCGGGGCGCAUGCACCCCGUGGAGAUUUUCUACACGCCGCAGCCGGAGAAGGACUACUUGGAGGCGUGCAUUCGGACGGCGAUCCAGAUCCACAUUUCGGAGCCGCCGGGCGACAUGCUCAUCUUCCUCACCGGCGAGGAAGAAAUCGAGCAGACGAAGCGCGAACUGGAGAAGCUUGCGCAGCGCCACUCCGAGUGCGGCGAGCUCAUGGUUGUCCCGCUCUACUCUUCGUUGCCGCCCUCGAUGCAGCAGCGGAUCUUCGAGCCUGCGCCGGGGCCCAAGUACGAAGGCGGGAAGCCCGGGCGGAAGUGCGUCGUCAGCACCAACAUCGCCGAGACGUCCAUCACCAUCGACGGCAUCGUGUACGUGAUCGACCCUGGAUUCUCGAAGCAGAAAGUGUACAAUCCGCGCGCUCGCGUGGAGUCGCUCCUCGUCUCGCCCAUCUCGAAGGCCAGCGCGCAGCAACGCGCAGGAAGAGCUGGACGCACGCGACCGGGGAAAUGCUUCCGGCUGUACACCGAGAAGGCCUUCGAACAAGAGCUCGUCGACCAGACCUACCCGGAAAUCCUCCGCAGCAACCUCGGGAGCGUCGUCAUUACUCUGAAGAAGCUCGGAAUCGACGACCUCGUCCACUUCGAUUUCAUGGACCCGCCCGCCCCGGAAACACUCAUGCGGGCUCUCGAGCAGCUGAACUACCUGGGAGCGUUGGACGACGAGGGCGAGUUGUCACAGGAAGGCGAGUCGAUGGCGGAGUUCCCCCUGGACCCGCAGCUCGCGAAGGCGCUGGUGGAUAGCGCAAAGUUCGAGUGCAGCAAAGAGAUGCUGUCGAUUGCGGCGAUGCUUUCGGUGCCCUUGACGUUUCUCCGGCCGAAGGAGCGGAGUCGGGAGGCAGACGCCGCGAAGGCGCGUUUCUCGCACCUGGACGGCGAUCACCUGACCCUGUUGAAUGUGUUUCACGCGUACGUCCAGCACGGCGGGGGCAGUCCCGACCUCGAGCGGCAGUUUUGCUUCGACAACUUUUUGAAUCCGCGGUCGCUGGCGUCCGCGAAGAACGUCAGGACGCAGCUCCAGAGGACGAUGGAGCGGCUGUCGAUUCCCCUGAACAGCACGCCGUACACGAGCAAGGAGUACUACACGAACAUCCGGAAGGCCUUAGUGGCGGGGUACUUUAUGCAGGUCGCGCAUCUGCAGCGGUCGGGGCACUACUUGACCGUGAAAGACAACCAGACGGUCGCGUUGCACCCUUCGACGGUGCUCGACCACAAACCGGAGUGGGUGAUUUACCACGAGUACGUGCUGACCAGCAAGAACUUCAUCCGGACCAUCACGCAAGUCCGCGGCGACUGGCUUCUCGAGCAGGCCCCGCACUUCUACAACCCCGACGACUUCCCCGAGUGCGACGCGAAGAAGGUGCUAAAAAAGAUGAUCGAGCGACAAAAGAAAGAGAAGGAAGCGAAGGCGAGCGCAAACGGAAGCGCCGCGAAAGACGCGAAAAGCACAGGCGCCCCCGCGGCAGCGUGA